GUGUUUCUCGACUCAGAGACAAAAAAGCGAAUCGACGAUUAACAAUUUCCUGAAGGGAGGUGCUUCUUAUCACUCCCCAAAUCUCCAGUGCUCACCGGAGGACAGGACACUCUGGAGCUGCACGCACACAAUGGACUAAAGCUCCCUCAGAGAGAUCAACAUUAUCAGCUGUGAACCCCUCCGCUACAAGCGACUUUCUUUGAGUCCCUUUUUUUAGUCUCUGGACUUUCAGCUCUCUUCAGAUCCCCAGGUAUGAUUCAGAGGAAGGAGGUUGUGCUGUCUGUGCUUGGGGAGCUCCAGGAGGCCACAGAGAGCACUGGCCUGGACGCUCUGACAAGAGUGGCCCUGGAGGUGGACCAGAUCCUCACUCCCUUCCAGCUCCCCAGGACCCCCUGUCAGGAUUUCCCUGAGUGGGCAGGCGUGGAUGACACGGCUCAUGGCCUGUACCCAGCCGAUGCACCCGUGGACCUCCUGCCUCUAAACUGCAAAGGAGAGGGCAACGUACUGUUUGAUGCAGUUAGCAUGCUGCUAGUGGGCAACACUGGACUUAGUUUGGAGCUACAGGUCCGGACAGUAGUGGAAAUGGUGCUGUGGAAGAGAUACUACCUGUCUGGGAUGAUCGAUUCAAAAAUGAUGCUUCAGGCCGUUCGCUUCAGUCUCUGUGCUGAGGAGUCUGAGGAUAUGCUCAACCUGCCUGUAACAGUCUUGGAGGCCAUCUUUGAUGCAGAUGUCAAAGCAUCCUGCUUCCCUGGCUCCUACGCCAACAUGUGGCAUGUGUAUGCCCUGUCAUCAGUCCUACAGUUUAACAUCUACUCCAUCUACCCCAUGUUCAACCUCAAGAUCCGACCCUAUUUCAACCGUGUCAUACGUCCAAGGACCUGGCCUAAAGACUCUGAGACAUUAACCCUCCACAUCAUGUGGUCAGGCGAGCUGCAGUCUGAGUCUUUGUUCAGGCCGAAUCAUUUUGUGGCACUAGUCAAGACAAGUGACCUCACGUUCGGAAGCCCUGAUAGUGAGCAGAGGGAGUCGCCGAUCAAGAGCGAGGAACUGCUGAACCAGGACUCGCAACUUUCUUACCCAAGUCUGAAGGACAAGUACAACAUCACCAAGAGGACCUUCUACCGCUGGAAGAGGCAGACGCAGGAGCACUGCAAAAAGUCAGCAGCCAGGUACGAGGCAAAGUAUUUCUUGCAGGCCUGCUACUUGGAGGGCAAGCUCAUCCCUCUGCACCAGUUUAAAGAGUUUUUCCCUGAGAUCUCAAGGUCGUCUUACUACAACUGGAAGCAUGAGCUCCUGAAAUCCGGAGGAACCUUCUCCACCUCGUCGUCGACCGGGGAGAUUAGUCCUGGAGAGAGCACGGAACAGGAGGCUUGGUCUUCACCUGAAGCAAAGCAGGACGAGCCAGACCACCAUGACAGUGUGGCCAGUAUGUUUGGCCUCAGUCUCGGCAAGCUGGACCUGGAACGGGCCCAGAAUGUCGCUAAUAUGCAGGAAGCUAAGCGCUGUCUGCAAAAUUGCAUCGCCAUGAAUGCCUCCCUCCCCUUCAGGAUCUUCAAAAGAAAUUUCCCAGGGAUCUCCAGAUCAACCUAUUACAACUGGAGGAGAGAGGCCAUGCUGUUUAACGGGGGUUACAAAGGCAGUGUUGGCAGCAGUGAGGACAGCUCAGAUGCAGACAAGAGCCAAAGUCCAAAAAGUCUGUCUCCAGUCCUGCCUAACGCCAACCAGCCUGUCGUGGCCAGAAUGAGGAUCUGCGGGCGAAAACACAGAAGUUUCAGGCUGGCAUACACAAGUAAAAAACAGCUCCGAGAUGCUGCAAAGCUGUAUGUCCAGAGGUCCAAAUGGUCCCUGACAAAGUUCAAGCUCAAGUUCCCUUCCAUGUCCCCUUGUUUCUACUGGCUGUGGCGUAAUGGUCAGAACCACAAGAAGAAGAUGGUCACGCAGAGUGCAGUGAUCAACCUCCCCGAGAGUCUGGAGAACACUUCUACAGAAAACAAGAUUAUGGAGAGGAGGAUGGAUAGUCAGCAUGUGCUCCCAUUUGUUGAGAGUCCUAAAUAUCUAGAAAGUUCCCUCAUGCCCUCCUUUAAUGCCCCACAUUCAAAGCACACCAUUCAAGGCAAGGCACCCAUAGAUGAGCAGAUGUUUGCGAUGGAUGUUGUGGCUCUGGCCAACUUCAAGGCCAAGGCCAAGUUGUUCCUGCAGCAACGCUUUGAGGAGAAAUCCUUCCCCACAUUUAAAGAAUUCAGGUCUUACUUCCCCUUCACGCCACGCUCGACGUACUACAUGUGGAAGCGAGCUUUGCAUCAUGGGGUGUCACUGGUUCAUGGGUAAAUGUACGACGCUUUUAUCUCAUUUAAAAAUGGGCUUUCAGGAGCAACAUGAGAGCUCUGUUAAAGAACUUCUUGGCCCCAAAAACUUCACAUUCUUCCCUCUGCCUGUGCAUUUUAUUCUAAACAUACUACCUACACAUUGUUGACCUCGUGUUUUCAUGUUCUAAAAGACUGUUAAGUACACUGGCUUAGCAUCUAAAUGCAUUGUGUCCUUCCUCUGCCCCACCACCACAGCUCAUUCCUCCCUCGCGGACAUUUGCACGUGUGUGAAAAGAAACUGAGUCGUGGAUCCGUUUAAACCCUGCAUGUUGCCCUCCAGGCAACAGGCAGUUCAAAGCUGUUGUUUAGUGGCAUUUUGUUUGAAGCCGUUUCUCCUCCAUUCCCUUCUAAUCCUUGCUAAGCGUUGUACUUGGGGUUCUUUAUUUUUUCAGUUUUCAUUGUAGUAAGAUGUUAAUGCUUAAAUGUAUGCUUUUUUGUUGAUGCAUGUAAUAUUGAUCAGGGAGAUUCCUGGUGGUUUAAUGUGUGUUUUUUUUUUUUUUUUUUUUUUUUUUUUUUU